AUGGGCGACCACGAUACGGGCCGAUCUCCAGCGCCCAAGCGGAUCCGCACCGCGUACCGGCAGGGCGAUGGCAUCGACACCUCUGCAGAUCCGCAGCUGCGGUCCGAGCUGGACGACCAGGGCCGGCUGAUCGUCGCGCUCGAUCUCGAUGCGUUCUACGUCGCGGCGGCGCGCAAACGCGAUCCGUCGCUCAUCGGCCUCCCCAUUGGCAUCCAGCAGAAGGGCCUCCUCGCCACCAUCAGCUACGAGGCGCGAGCCAUGGGGGUCCGCAAGCUCGCCAGCAUCUCGGACGCCAUCAAGCAGUGCCCCGAGAUGAUCCUCGUCAACGGCGAAGAUCUCUCCUACUUCCGCCUCGUCUCCAACCAGGUCUGGCGGCUCGUCCGCGGCAUCGUGUGGGACGGCAGGGUCGAGAAGCUGGGCAUGGACGAGCUCUUCUGCGACGUCACUGAGAUGGUAGACGCUCACCUUGCCUCGUUGCCGCCAGCCGGCCAGCACGAUGGCCGCAAUCUGUGCCGAUUUGACAUUCGCAAGCGACAGGAUGGACAGGGUCGCGGCAGCGCUUCAGCCUCGUCCUCGAGCGGCUUCGACUACGCUCCCUGGCCCACCUUGCCUCAAGGCCACGUCCUGCCGAGUCAGGCCGCCGACAAGCUGCGCAGCUCAGCACCGGAUCGCUACCAGCAGCGUCUCUUCGUGGCAGCCCACCUAGCCUCGUACCUCCGCCAGCAGGUCUCGGACAAGAUCGGCCUCACCUGCUCGGCUGGUGUUGCACACUCCAAGAUGCUGGCCAAGCUGGUCGGCGCCAAGAACAAGCCGAACCAGCAGACGACCUUCGCCCCACGUUCGAUCGGGAGGGACCCGAUCCGCUCUCGGCUGGACCAGGUGCAGGAGCUCCUCGACCCCUUGGACCUCGGUCAGAUCAACGGCUUCGGUCGGGUGGCCGUCGACAAGAUCCGCACCGCCCUCCUCGAGGCAGUGCCUGCAGAGCAGCGCGACGCCCGCAGCCGGCUGACGGUCGGCGCCACGCGAAAGGCUGCAUCGAUGUCGCUGAUGACCGGCAUCUUUGGCGCCAGAGUCGGCGAGAGGCUUUGGCACCUGGCCUGCGGUAUCGACCGAGAGCCCGUCGUGCCGGCGCCUGAGUUUCCAAUACAGAUCUCGAUCGAGGACACAUAUCCGGGCAUACGGGGCCAGGAGAUCCAUGAUCAGAUUCUCGUCCUGUCCGAGAGCCUGCUGCGGCGGCUCGAGGCAGAGCUGAUCAAGGAGAACCGCGAUGCUAGCUUGGACGGCAUCAGACACGAAGCAGUGUCCAGCAGCCAGGAGCUGCAGGAGGCUUUGCGCACGGAAGACGUGCCGGGAUCAGCUACCUCGGCGCCAGACAUGCAGCCUCCGCCGUCGCGGACGGCACAGGUGGCCGUACGAGGCUAUCGAGAGGUUGCCGAUGCGAUAGCGCCCGUGUCUGGAACCAAAGGCGAGGACACCAAGACAUGGCUGCGCUACCCGCUUCGGGUGCGUCUGUCCGUGCGUCAGGGCUGGAACAGCCGGAUCACCAAGCAAGCGUCCAUGCCCGUCCAGAUCUUUGACCUCUCCAUUUCGCGGCGGGAUCGCGCCAAGGUGCUUUACAAGGCGUGCCGGGCGCUGCUGCGGGCGCUCAUUGGCGGCGACGAUGUGGUGGGCGAGUCGAUGAACCUGAUCAACAUCGCCGCGCUCGAUCUGGUGGAACAGAAGCCGACAAAGGCGCUCGAGAGCUUCUUCGCAGCGGCCAAAGCUGCACCUGCCGCCCCCGUCGCCGGCCGACGAAGGGAGCCGGCGAUCAAGGCCGAUGUCGCAGGGUCCACCAACGCGCCGUCGACUGGUGCGCCGGGCGGCGGCCCUAUUGACCUCGACUUUGUCGCUGCGUUGCCCGAGGAUCUUCGCGUCGAGGUGAUGAGAGAGUAUGGUCUGUCGUUGGACCCCAAGCUCGCAGAACUGGGCACCGAACGGGAAGAAGCGGGCCCGCCUGAACCAGAGCCGCCGCCUCUGGCGUUGCCGUCGUCGUCGUCAACUCGCGUUGCAGGUGCUGCGCCAAGUGUCGAGCGCAGCAUCCGCUCUCCGUCCGCACCGCCGGACGACGAGGGGCUGCUGUGUCCUCGCUGUCGACUCGAGAUGCCAGUCUGGAUGCAGCAUGACCACGAUACGUGGCCUGCCACGGGCUUGCCGCCGCACCUCGUCGUCGGCGGCGGUGCAGAAGACAGCGCCUCGGAGGACCUCGAUCUGGAUUGCGAGCGCGGCGAGGGCCGCGACAAUGCGCAUGCCUCGAUUGAGGCAUCCUCCGACGAGGACACCGUCUGCCGUGAGUGCGAGGCCCUCGUCCCGAGCUGGAUGCUGUUGGCCCACGCGCGCUUCCACGAGCUCGACACGAGCCAGUCGGCGAAGAGCGAAUGA